GGCAGUUGCGGGUUUUGCCGGCGGACGAUCCGCUUCUUGUCCCAGCGCCGCCACCGUCGCGGUCGCCAGGGCAACGCGGCCUAGUCCCGCCCGUGGAACCUGCAGCCUGAAAUCGCCCCGAUCCCGGCAACAGCGGUCGGUGAACCCGGGCCUCGGCCUCGUCGUGGUUGCGGCUCCGGCCUGAGGGCGCGGGGGCAGGACUGAGAACGUGCGGAUUUAUUUAUUUUUUGGAUCGGAGAUGCUUACUGUAGCUGUGAUGCGGGGCUGUGCCUCAUCGUUAUGUGCAGGUGCAGUGAGACUGGUGGGCUCCUCCUCGCCGUCUCCCCUCCUCCAGCGAGCGAUGCAGUCACCUCCUGCUAUCCCUUGGCAGAAUGGCCACCCCAUGACCACUCUGCACCAGAUGCACAAGGCAGGCAAGCCCAAGCGGCCCCCCACCAAGCUGGGCCCCACCUAUGGCCACCCCCAGCUGAAGGGGGUGGUGCUGAAGACCAUGAUACGCAAACCCAAGAAGCCCAACUCUGCCAACCGCAAGUGUGCCCGCGUCAGGCUCAGUAACGGCAAGGAGGUGAUCUGCUUCAUCCCUGGGGAAGGUCACAACCUGCAGGAGCACAACAUCGUACUGGUGGAGGGUGGCAGGACCCAGGACCUGCCUGGCGUUAAACUCAAGGUGGUGCGGGGCAAGUAUGACUGUGCCCACGUGCAGAAAAAGUAGCCCAGCAUUCCCCACCGACCUGGGGCUGGAGUACAAUGAUCAAUACCAUCGUUCAACCCAGGAAUGUGGAGCAUCAUUAAACCUUCCCCGCUGACCCGUGGCUGCAGCCAACGCUGAACGUUCAUCGUUCAACCUGGGACUGUACGGCAAUGAUAAAUAUCAUCGUUCAACCUGGGUCCGUAGACCAACGUUACAUUUCGCUAGACCCUGGAUUGUAGGCCAACAUUAAACGUGAUUAUAUUUAUAA